AUGUCAACACCUAUUUCGCAGUCUGUGCCAUCUAGCUCAGGGCAGAUGAAGGCGGCACGCAAGAGGAACGACAACAUGACGGACAAGAUACAGGAGCUGCUACGGUUAAUCCCAGCUGAGUUUUUCCAAGAAUCCUAUGGUAGUGGGAACGAAUCUGGGGCCAAUGGCGAGACACCAGGGCCUGCAUCUGGCGCGCCAAAACUGAAAGGUACGGGUACAAAAGACGGCAGACCCAACAAAGGUCAAAUCUUGACACAGGCAGUGGAGUACAUUUCCCAUUUACAGAACCAAGUAGACACAUAUAACCGAGAAGAGAUCGAGCUGAUGGUGAAAGUCACCGAGCUAGCGAAGGAGACAGGCACAAUCGUGAACGACAUCAACCUAGAGAACACAAGCGCUGAGAUCGCCCUUGCUAACAUCGGUGUGGGUCCGCUAGCAGCUGCAUCCGCCGGAGACGAAACGCAGGACCAGAACAGUGAGUCCAAACCCAACAGCAGCGUCUCCUCGUCUGUUGCAGACGAGGAAAACUCCAGAGGUACGCCAAAGAAGGCUCAGAUGAGCAAAUUCGAGUACGGAGGAUACGCAGAAUAUGCAAGCUGA